AUGGCUUUCAACUAUAAGCGCGUCCUCCUUGUUGGCGCUACCGCCGGCAUCGGGGCUGCCAUGGCUGAUAAGCUCAUCCUCGAGGGAGCCAAAGUCAUCGCCGUUGGCCGUCGGCAGGAGAGGCUAGAUGCCUUUGUUGCGAAACAUGGGGCUGAAAAAGCGAGCGGCGUCCGAUAUGACAUCAACGACAGAGCCGGGCUGGACGCUUUCGUGAACAAUAUCGUGACCAACUACCCCGACCUCGACUGCGUUUUCCUCAACGCCGGCAUGCAGCGUCAGAUCCGGCUCUCGCGGCCGGCCGAGGUCGACCUGGACGCCUUCCACCACGAAAUCAACACCAACUUCAGCCGGAUGGUCGACCUCUCAGUCAAAUUCCUGCCCCAUCUCCUGGCCCACUCAUCCCCCACGGCGCUCGUCUUCACCGGCACUCUUCUCGCGGCUAUCCCCGCAGUCGCCGUGCCGGCGUACUCGGCUUCCAAGGCGGCGUUGAACGCCUACGCUCUCUGCCUUCGGAGACAGCACCGCGGAUCGAACACGAAGAUUAUUGAGGUCUGGCCUCCGCUUGUUCAAUCCGAGCUCCACGAUUACAUGGGGGCGGAGCUUGGCCGGUCCUUGGGUCUGCCGGUGCAGGAGUUUACCGACAAGGCGUGGGAGCAGCUCGCGGCGGGCAAAGACCAUGUCAUUGUCGGCCAGCUCCCGGGCCACGAUGGGCGGUUCAUGGAGGUUACGCAGGGGCGCAGGGACUUGUUUGAGGGGUUGUCGGAUGUGAUGUUGGCUCACUUUGAGUUGUGA